AUGGCCGGGAGCGGACGAGUGUCUCCGGUGCUGCUGCCGGCGAACGAGUACCUGCAGGCGAUGCAGGCCAAGUACCCUGCGCCCUCUCCUGCAGCGGAAGCAUCGCGGCGGAAGCGGCGCAACCGCAUGUCGCUCUUUUCGCGGCAGCCGAUGAACUGCGAGGGGGGCUGGAAAGGGUACGAGCGCAUCGUCGGCUUCGACACGAUGCCCGACGCCGAAGACACGGUGAGCCGCAGCGCGUCGUACACGCUGCAGGUCAAAUCAGUUGGGUAUGCACGUACGAAGCACACGCGCACGUUCAUGUGUGCGGUCGACGCGACAGAGAGCAGCGAGCGCGCGCUCGAGUGGAUUAUGGAAAACUUGGUCGACGACGGCGACGAGAUCGUCGCGGUGCGUGUGCUCGACGAGGAGCAGGACAACAUGAGCCAGGAGAAUGCUCGCGACGGUGCACGCUCGCUGAUUGCGUCGAUUGUCGAGCUCAACGACGAGACACGCAAGAUUUCUAUCACCGUCGAGUUCCUCACCGGCUCGAUCAAGUCGUCAAUCCUGCGCCUUGUUACCAUGUACCGCCCGGAAAGCCUCACGAUCGGCACGCGCGGCAAGCAGGUCAGCGCACUCGAAAAAAUGCUCGGCACGACGCCGCUCGGCAACUUAAGCAAGUCGCUGAUUUGGCAGUCGCCCGUGCCGGUGAUUAUCGUACGGCCCGAAGACCGUGUGCAAAAGCAUCUGUCGAAGCGCAUGGCCGAUCCCCGCCGCCACGAGUACUACGACUUGGUGCAGCACAAUGAACAGCUGCCGAUGAGUCUGCCGCCGAACAGCGAGGCGCAGGCAGAGAUGCGCAAGUAG